AUGCCAAUCUUAGUCAUCAGCUCAUGGCUAAGUACCAUACAAGCUUAUGACAAAGAGCCUUUCCAACAAGCAUUCGAAGUUUUUGAACCACGAAUUCGGAGAAUCAAUCUUGCCGAUAUCAACUUUGUUGAUGGCGAGUUUAUAGACAAUAAAAAACAGACAUUUUGGAUAAAAGCGUUCAUAAAGUGUACCGAAAAACAUCCUUACUUCAAGGCGUACACUUACCGAUGUGAACAAUAUUUUACAAUUCAUUACGAUGGUGGAACAUGGUAUUUUACUGAUUACGGUAGGUUGUAGCAAAACGGUAAGACAGAAGUCUUUUUUACUGUGCCGUAAAGCCUACGGCACAUUAUAGAAAAAGGUACAGUAUAAAUUACAAAAAGGUCAUAGAACUGGACUUUAGAUAUAUAGAUAUGACUGGGGUUUAGGUAUAUACAAUACAACAGAGUACAAUAGGGCCUAAUUUACGGCAAAUCAUACGGUACAGUAGGGCUCAGAGUACAUUAGCGUUUAAAACGGUGUUUCAGAAAACUUUAAAACUUUAGGUCAUGACACAACAGAAGUGGAAAAAUUGAUGGGAGACAAUCACAUCGCAGUGACGCUUGAAGCCCAAAACGGUGGAAUUCAAAUCUAUACGGGGCCUGACGAUGCAAAACAAAAGUUACACAAAUUUACCGGCCACUACGGUCAAAUCGAUCUAUUGUACUUGUCUGGUCCUCUAACCAAAGGUUCCAUCAAAAUCACCUCACUGGUUAGUAACAAGUGGUAUGCCCCAGUUGAUAUGACCAAAAGUACGUUUUCUUGCUUGGCAGACUGAAAGCCUAAAGCGUAGUUUUUAAAAGACGAUUUCUGAGACCGUGAAGCAUCCUGAAACGGCCGUGUGCCCUAGAAAUUUACCCUCUGUUUUUACCUGAUAAAUCGAUAACAAAGGCUUUUAUAUAAGACACAUGGUAAAGCGAUUUAGGCUAAAAUGCCUUUUUAUGCCAUUUUUUGACUUAAAACAACUUAAAUUUUGUAAAAAUCCAAUAAUGCUCCAAAAUCUUUGAAAAUGUGCGUACAUACGUUUUCAACCAUGCUGAACAAAACUGUAAUUGAACAUUUUUUUCUAUUUUUACCGUAACCUACCGUAAUCCGACCGGUCGGUUAUAAAAGUGCAAAUAUCUAAAAAUUUAGCACGGAUCUUCAUGGGCAAUUUUUACAUAUUCAAAAUCUACAUUAAAAGUAGAUAUUGAUUGACUAUGCGUUCACUUCUAGGGCUGCGUAUUUUGGGGAUUUUUGGCCGUUUAAAAAAUUACCGUAUCUUACGGUCAAAAUAUUUAAAAAUCAUAACUCCGUUUGUACUGCUGUAAAUAAUGUCAAAUUUGGCAUAGUUAUGUUUUUGACUAUUCUAAACAAAAUUGUAAUUGAAAAUUUUUUCUAUCGUUACCGUAACCUACCGUAACCCAAAACUACUGUACGGAUUACGGUAGGUUAUGGUAAUAAUAAAAAAAUUUUAUUUUUAUUACGGUUUAGCACAGUUUAAAACACACAUAUACAAUUUUUUGGAAAAUAAAGCGUUUUACGAAUUCGUUAUUAAUUUUUAAUAUUUUGGCUGUUUUUAAACGGCCAAAUCUCCCCGAAAUACGCAGCCCUGGAAGUGAACUAUUUUCAAAGCUUUUGGAGCAUUAUUGGAUUUUUAAAAACUUAAACUGUUUUAAGUCAAAAAAUGACAUAAAAAUGCCAAAACGGCAUUUUAGCCAAAGCUUUACGAUGUGUCUUACAACUGUACUAGUCAUCGAUUUAUCAAAUAAAAAUAGAGGGUAAAUUUCUAGGGCACACCUCGCUUUACGGUCUCAGAAAGCGUCUUUUAAAGUAUUUUUUUUUGAACUACAGUGGAACUCCUGUAUAACGAAACUCCUUUAUAACGAACAAAUUUCAAAUCCCCGAGCGAUUCGUUGUACAGGAGUUCCACUGUAUUUUUUUAAAAGUUUUACAAAAUAAAUUUUUUAUUAUUCAGGGAACCUAUCAUUGGGUCUUUUAGUCAAAGAAUUAAAGGACGAUUUUGACUUAAUGUUAAUUGGUGAACAAGAUAUCGUUAUGUUUUACAUGACUUUUCACGAUAAUUUUCUCAAGUUUAACUCUGAUACGGAAGGUAGAUAUGGGAACGAAACGCGCUGUACCUUAGAUUAUAUAGACCCAAUUGAACUGGACAAAGUUUCAAACCUUACAAUUUACAUUGAUCCAAAAGACAAACUACACGCUCAUGUUAUAUCUAACGGUAAAGCAUGUCCACCGUUCCAGAUGCCCAACAUGGCAGAUUUUAAUUUGAGUCAAAAUCCGAAAAGAGGAUUGAUGCACUUUGUCAAUAACCGAGUUGUUUCUAUAAUUUUUUAAUUAUCCUUGAUGUUUUUCACCCAACGAACAAAAACCUUUUUUAAGUUCAACUUUUACAAUAAACACUUUAAUUUUGCUUUGUAGAACUCCUGUAUUAAAGGUUUAAAGGUUUAUUAAAAUAUUUCUACGCUAUACAAUUACAAUUUAUGGUCGGUGGAAUGUAGAUAUAGUUAGAUUAUAUGUUGUUGAUGUCGACGAUUGCGUUGAGAUACUGCGUGUAUGUUCCUGGAUUGUUCUAGUUUUUCCUUGUUGUCCACUGGAGCUAUCCUUGGUUUAUGAUUGAUGUUUCUCAUACUCGGGCUUCCCCCCAGUUUACACUGUUCACCGCAUCACUGAUUCGUGGGAGAGGUGCUCUAUAGGAAUUCUGGCUUGCCUAUCAUACACCUGUGUUGGCCAAGUGAUGAUGUGCCUAUUCCCCGUGCUCCCAGCACUACCCAUUCCUCAAUGGGCCUGGGAUGGGCAGAGGCGGGGGUCGAACCAAGGUCCUUCCGACUAG